AUGCCACAUACCGAUGCGAACCGUAGAUAUACACAGCUAUCAGUGCCUCGGAAAGACCCUCCCGGAGGGGUUCCAUCCGAGAAUAAUGCAAGAAUCGAUGAUCAUGGCGCCGAAAAAGUGAGCCGGCCUCCGCCCCCUCUGACAGCGGGGUACACGACAUAUCAGCCACAUCCAACCACCCCCCUCCCCACAACAACCCCAAUCCUCAUCAUCGGCGCCGGCUGGGCCGGAAUCCAAUGCGCCAUCCGCCUCCUCGAACGCGACAUCCCAGCCACGGAUAUCCGUAUUGUCGACUCAGCCAGCGACUUCGGCGGAACUUGGUACUGGAAUCGUUACCCGGGUCUGACUUGCGAUAUUGAGAGUUAUUCCUACCUGCCGUAUCUGGAAGAGACGGGGUAUGUGCCUAGCAAACGGUAUGCGACAGGGGAGGAAAUACGUGGAUAUGUGGAUGUUGUGGUGAGGAGGUGGGGGUUGGGACGGUGUGGGGUUUUUGGGACGAAGGUGGAGAGGGCGCGGUGGGAUGAGGCGGGGAGGGAGUGGGUUGUGGGGAUGGUUAGGGGGGAGGAAAAGGUGGAGGGGGAGGUGAGGGCUAGGUUUGUGGUUGUGGCUGCGGGGGUGUUGAAUUGGCCGAAAUUGCCGGAUGUUGAUGGGUUAGGGGAGUAUAUGGGGGAGGUGUUUCAUGCGGCGAGGUGGAGGUAUGAGGAGAAGGGGUUGGAGGGGUUGAAGGGGAAGAGGGUCGUGGUGGUUGGGACGGGGGCGACGGCGGUACAGAUUGUUCCGGUGUUGGCGAGGUGGUGUGAACGGUUGGUGGUGGUGCAGAGGACGGCUGCGUCGGUGGCGGUGAGGGAUCAGAGGGUGACGGAUGAAGAGUGGUUUUGGAGGGAGGUGGCCGGGUCGAAAGGGUGGCAGAGGGAACGGAUACGGAAUUUUCAUCAGCAGUUUACGCUGGGGGAGAAGCCGGCCGUGGAUCUGGUGGAUGAUGGGUGGACGCAUAGUCGUGGGUUGGUAGGGCUGACGGGGGAUGUCGGGGGGCCGAUGUUGCCGGAGGAGAUUCCGGCAUACCAGGAGAGGUUGAUUGAGAUGGAUGCGCCGCGGCAGGCGGGGAUUCAUGCGCGGGUGGAUCGAGAGGUGGAGGAUCCUGAUACCGCCGAGAGACUGAAGCCCUGGUAUCCGGUUUGGUGCAAACGGCCGCUGUUUCAUGAUGAGUAUCUGAAGACCUUUAACCGGGAGAACGUGACGCUGGUUGAUACGGACGGUAAGGGCAUCGAGCGCAUGACGACCGAUUCGGUGGUGAUCGGGGGCAAGUCAUACCAGGCUGAUGUGGUCAUCUUCGCAACGGGGUAUCUGGCCCCGCCGGCUGGGACUCCCGCCGAGAAAGCCAACAUGUCGAUUAUAGGGUUGAAUGGGGUGUCGAUGAGCGAGGAAUGGUCUCGUGUGGGACCAACGACCCUCCACGGGGUCAUCGAUGCCAAAUUCCCCAAUCUGUUCCUCUCCAGUCCGGAGCAGGCCGCUACCAGUGGGAAUUAUCGGUUUAGUCUGGACGAGUACGCCAAGCAUAUUGCGUAUAUUCUGACGGAAUCGAUGCGGAGGGCUGACGGGGAGCGCUUUGUUGUGGCGCCGUCUAUGGAGGCGGCCGAGGACUGGGCAUUGCAGGUGAUGAUGCGUUCAGCGCCAAUGGGGGUGGUGUUGGGAUGCACUCCGGGAUAUCUCAAUCUGGAGGGGGAUCUGGAUCGUCUGUCGCCUGAGAAGCAAAUGGUUUUGGCACGGUCGGGGAUUUGGGGCUGGGGGAUUGAGCAUUGGUUGGGGGUUAUUGAGGAUUGGAGGGCUGAGGGGAGUAUGAAGGGGAUUGUGGUGCUUUGA